GUUCCUGACACAGUCUACACCCAGGGAACGAAGAGUAAGCGCCAUGUUGAAGCCACCAUUGCCACUCAGAUCCCUCUUAUUCCUGCAGCUGCCUCUGCUGGGGGUGGGGCUGAACCCCACAGUCCUCACGCCCAAUGGAAAUGAAGACAGCACAACUGGUUUCUUCCUGACCUCUACACCCUCCGGGACCCUCAGCGUUUCCACUCUGCCCCUCCCAAAGGUUCAGUGUUUCGUGUUCAAUGUUGAGUACAUGAAUUGCACCUGGAACAGCAGCUCCGAGCCCCAGCCCACCAACCUGACUUUGCACUAUCGGUACAAGAACUCUGAUGAUGGUAAAGUGGAGUGUGGCCACUAUCUAUUCUCUGAAGGGAUCACUUCCGGCUGUCGGUUGGGGAAAGAGGAGAUCCGUCUCUACGAAACAUUUGUUGUCCACCUCCAGGAUCCACGGGAACCCAGGAGGCAGGAUGAACAAAUGCUAAAACUGCAGGAUCUGGUGAUCCCCUGGGCUCCAGAGAAUCUGACACUUCGCAACCUGAGUGAAUCCCAGCUGGAACUGAGCUGGAGCAACAGAUAUUUGGACCACUGUUUGGAGCACCUGGUGCAGUACCGGAGUGACCGGGACCGAGGCUGGACUGAACAAUCCGUGUACCAAAGACAAAGCUUCUCGCUGCCUAGUGUGGAUGCGCAGAAAUUCUAUACGUUCCGUGUUCGGAGCCGCUAUAACCCACUCUGUGGAAGUGCUCAGCACUGGAGUGACUGGAGCCACCCAAUCCAUUGGGGCAGCAGUACUUCAAAGGAGAAUCCUUUAUGGUUUGCACUGGAAGCUGUGCUUAUCCCCCUUGGCUCCAUGGGGUUGAUUGUUAGCCUCAUCUGUGUGUACUGCUGGCUGGAACGGACUAUGCCCCGAAUUCCUACCCUCAAGAACCUAGAGGAUCUGGUUACUGAAUACCACGGAAACUUCUCGGCCUGGAGUGGAGUCUCUAAGGGAUUGGCGGAGAGCCUACAGCCAGACUACAGUGAGCGGCUCUGCCACGUCAGUGAGAUUGCCCCCAAAGGAAAGACUCUAGGGGAAGGGCCUGGGGGGCUCCCCCUGCAGCCAGCGCAGCCCCUACUGGGCUCCCCCAUGUUACACCCUGAAACCUGAAACCUGAGCCCUGAAACCCUGACAGCACCCCAGGGUCCUGUAGCCCUAAAUUGUACUAACUUCUCCUCAUCCAACUAGCCUGGGUCCAACACUCCCCUCGCCCUGUGCCCUACCCUCCGUGGCUGAUUUUGAAUUUUGUGCCCCCUCCAGCUGCCCCCUCGUUCAAUAUCUCCUACUUGAGAAUUGCCCCUUUACCCCCUACACGGCCCGGUAUCUCAUUUCCCCCAACCCAGCCCUUCCUCCUCAGAGGACUGCUUCUUCUGUCCAUCCCUCCCGCCCUCCCUCUUUCCAUCUACCCUUCAGUUGUUCCAGAAUCAAUGGGAAAUAAAAUUUCUGUUGAGAAUCCUCAA